AUGUCGUCUCGCGCAGCUGUGUCACCGCCACGCCAAUCAACGAUGAAGCCAGAGUCUCCGUGCUUCCAAACAGGGGCCGGGAUCAUGGGGAAAGGCUGCCUAACCGCCACCAAGUAUUUCCUGUUCCUCUUCAACCUCAUCUUUUUUCUGCUGGGAGGAGUGAUCCUAGGCUUUGGACUGUGGCUCCUGCUGGACAAUCAGAGCUUCAUCGUCGUCCUCAAUGACUCCACGGCAGUGAAGGCAGCGUGCUACAUCCUGAUCUCCGUGGGCAGCUUCUCAAUGCUGAUGGGCUUUGUGGGAUGUUUGGGAGCCAUUUAUGAAGUGCGCUGUCUGCUCGGCCUGUACUUCACGUGCCUCCUGCUGAUCCUCCUCGCUCAGGUUUCCGCCGGAGCGCUCGUCUACUUCCAGAAAGACGUGUUGGAUGAGGAGAUGUCCAAGAUCGUUACUAAAGUCCUGGACAGUUACCCUGGCAACAACACCACGACGGAGCAGGCCUGGGACUUCAUCCAGAGGAACAUGCAGUGCUGUGGUUGGUCUGGGCGUCUGGACUGGAGCGGGAACAUGGUGAUCAUCAACAGUUCUCAGCUGCUGUUCCCCUGCUCCUGUCAAAACGUCACCUAUUCCCCCAACACCUCCUCUGACUCAGGCUUCUGCGAGAGCAGCUCCACGGACUGGCCAGUGUAUGAAACGGGCUGCUCAGCUGGGGUGGAGUCCUGGCUCAGGACAAACGUGUGGGUCAUUCUGGGCGUGUGCCUCGGAGUUGCCUUCAUUGAGCUGCUCGGGAUGAUGCUGUCCAUCUGCCUCUGCAAGAGAGUAGGGGUCGAGGACUACACCAAAGUGCCCAAGUACUGA